GGAGAGACUUGUUUGUAAACACCGUCAAAGUUCUAACCAAAAAUAAUUAUGAAACAUCGGGAAUUCCUACUCUUGUUAUCUUUUCAACAAGUGCGAAUGAAAAGAAACCAGGCAUUUGGGACGUGCUACGGUAAUUUCCAUGGGUUUUGAAUCGUGUGCGAAUUGCAAAGUGCAUAUUCGAUAAUAAAUUUGGUAAUUAUCUAUGCAAGUGCCAGUGAUGCAUGCAGUAACGAGCCGUGUUCUUGGGAGGGAUGCGUUUGUAUACGGUACAUACUUUUUUUUAGCAUUUAGGAUCGAAGGAUCGAAGUUGAGCCCCAUUGGGUUUCAACGGCAGAGUGCAUGCGACACUUGAAGAGGAAAAUCGAAAAGGAUAUCGACGAUUAACUCAAGAUCAGAGUUGGCCAAAGUGGCUAGCUGAGGAUUGCAGCCACACGCAAGGUCGUGCCAACCGUCCAACCCACAUACUCUCUACUUGUCCCUAUUCAUCUUCCGGCGAAAUACAAAACCUGAUACAGCUGGACACCCGAGAGGCCAAGGGCAAACCCCAGUUCCUAUCCCAGAUCGUGUAAACAGGAUUUUAUUGUUACAGGAAAUCACUGACUACAUCAACUCCAACCAUAGGUGCAGAUCCGGUGCAACACAAAAUGCCACUGGCUGACUUCCUGUUUUACAUGGCAGUACUACUGGGGUUAUCCGCAGUAGCCACAAGCUCGCCGGUACAGACUCCCCUCGAAAAGGCUGCCGCGGCGGCGGCAGCCGGCGUAACAGGUAGUGAUGUCUCAUUCGAAACACCCGCGAAUCAACUGUUUCGCGACGCGGUCAGGGUGGUGGACACGAUGAAAGAUUUCUUGGCAGCGCUGAGUGACUUCGAGCAAAUACAAGUGGGUGAAGCGGCCCGGGAAGACCAGAUCAGGCUGAAUAAUGUCAAGAGAGGACCUAGUAAUAGCGCAUUCCGAGUCAAUGGAUGGAAGAGAAAGAGACGGAGCACGAGGGAACGUGAUAUACUCGCUGUUGCCUUCACGAAUAAACUGGAUCACAAGGCUGCCGAUAUGGUUCACAAGAUCUACACAUUCCUUGGAGAUCUCCAAACGGUAAGCCGCAAGUUUGGUUAAUAUUUCAUUAUCCCCUUUAUUCACUCUAAAUUCCAA